AUGAAAUCACCAGCCAAGAAAGCGAUGGAUGACCUCAAAGAGUAUAUGGUGCAGAUGCGACACGAUGCUGUAGAAGGGAUCCAGGACGGCUUGAGAACCUGCAUAGAAUCCUGCGUCGAUCGCAUCUGCGAAGAAUAUGACGUCAUUGAUAAGCAGACACGAAAGCCAGUAGAACUGAAAGGCUUUGAUCUCACGGAAACUAUCAGAGAUAGUGAGUGGUAUCAACACGGAAUAAUCGAGCUCCUCAUACGAAACGAAGAUGAUGCUCUCGAACAGAUGACCUGGAUCGCAAAACUUGAGGAUGCCGCGCCUACCGAUGAAACCACUACAGACCUUCCAAGAAACACGACAUUGCCUACUUACCCUCCAGUUGGACGCGACCAGUACAUCCAGGGCAUUGAGCAGCUCAGAAAUGCAACCCUCACGCAACAGACGAUACUUCACAAAGCCUUCCAAUGCCUCCAGAUGAUACCUGAUGUGGUGAACUACGGGACUGCGGCACAUGAAGCUCACGAUAUCGCGAUGCUGAAGCAGUUUAUGCAUACUCAGUGGGUAGCCGAGAUGAGAAAGGCUCAUCAUAUGUACACUCUGUUGAUGAGAGGUCAUGGACGUGGAAUGGGCGAUCAAGCUGCGGGUGCACUGGAACAAUGA